CUCGGUUACCUCCACUCACUGCACAUAGUUUACAGAGACUUAAAGCCAGAGAACAUCCUCCUGGACUCUCAGGGCCACAUUGUGUUGACAGAUUUUGGUCUAUGCAAAGAGGGACUGGAAGCCAAUGGCACAACCACAACGUUCUGUGGAACUCCUGAGUACUUGGCUCCUGAGGUGCUGCAGAAACAGGCCUAUGAUCGUACAGUAGACUGGUGGUGCCUGGGAUCAGUGCUGUUUGAGAUGCUGUAUGGACUGCCUCCAUUCUACAGUCGCAACACAGCCGAGAUGUACAACAACAUCCUUCACAAACCUCUAGUCCUGAAGCCUAAUGUGUCCAACGCUGGCCGUGAUCUGCUGGAGGGUUUGCUGCACAAGGACCGUACCAAGAGACUGGGAUCCAAAGAUGAUUUUCUGGAAAUGAAGUUCCACAGCUUCUUCUCUCCCAUCAACUGGGACGACCUUAUGGCCAAAAAGUGUGUGCCUCCUUUCGUUCCUACAGUGUCUGGUCCCACUGACCUCCGGCACUUUGACCCAGAGUUCACCCACUUACCCGUCUCGACCUCCCUAUGCAACACUGAUAACCUGCACAUGACCAGCAGCGUACGGGAGGCUGCCGGAGCAUUCCCAGGCUUUUCUUAUGGUCCCCCAGUUGGCCAUGCCUUCCAGUAACGGCUUCCAUGACCCUCCAAAACGUCCAUUCCAGCAUCACUAGAUGCAUCACGAAGAAGGACCACAGUGCGGGACACUUAGCUCUUCUGGUUUAUUUGCAUGCACGACCUGGCAGCACAAGGGACACUUGUGCAUGACCAAGAGGAAUGGGGGACACUGUAGGACACAAACUACAGUAACAACAACGUCCAGAAAAGAUGCAAUGUGUGCCAAUGGAUGCAGAGAGGACCUGAGCUCAGAAAGAGAGAGAGCUUAGAAGUGCCUGAGAGUUGAACUGAUGAUCUGUGGAAGAAAAGGCAAAUUUAUACAACAAACUAUGGCUUGCCAGAGAUGAUUGCACCAGCUACUUGGCGAAACGCCUUUUGUGAUCUUUUACAUUUGAUCAAAAUAUCUUUGGAUGAUGUUUUAUUUAAUUGUAUUUUUCAUGCAUCAUUGCACAGUGGAGGUAAAGGAUCAAGAAUAGUACAAAAUACACGGAUGGUCCGU